AUGGAUAGUAGCUUCUCUUCUCCUCGAAACGAUUCGUUUCCGGCUGGCCUCCGAGUUCUCGUCGUCGAUGAUGAUCCAACUUGGCUUAAGAUCUUAGAGAAGAUGCUCAAGAAGUGCUCCUAUGAAGUGACUACAUGUGGUUUGGCAAGAGAUGCUUUAAACUUGCUUCGUGAAAAGAAAGAUGGAUAUGACAUUGUUGUCAGUGAUGUGAACAUGCCUGACAUGGAUGGUUUUAAACUUCUCGAGCAUGUUGGACUUGAGAUGGAUCUUCCUGUUAUCAUGAUGUCUGUUGAUGGAGAAACGAGUAGGGUAAUGAAAGGUGUUCAGCACGGAGCAUGUGAUUAUCUUCUUAAGCCAAUAAGAAUGAAAGAACUGCGUAAUAUAUGGCAGCAUGUAUUCAGAAAGAAGAUACAUGAGAUCAGAGACAUUGAGAGUCACGACAGCAUCGAAGGUAUUCAGCUGAUAAGAAAUGGAUCAGAUCAGUAUGAUGAGGGAUACUUUUUUAGUGCAGAAGACCUCACUUCAUCGAGAAAAAGAAAGGAUGUUGAUAACAAAUAUGAUGACAAAGACUUUUCUGAUUGUUCAUCCACCAAAAAAGCUAGAGUUGUUUGGUCUGUAGACCUUCAUCAGAAAUUUGUAAAAGCAGUACAUCAGAUUGGAUUUGACAAAGUUGGUCCGAAGAAGAUACUUGACCUGAUGAACGUGCCUUGGUUGACAAGAGAAAAUGUUGCUAGCCACUUGCAGAAGUACCGGCUCUACUUGAGUAGGCUGCAAAAAGAAAAUGAUAUUAAAUCUUCUUUUGGUGGGACAAAGCAUUCUGAUUAUUCCUCAAAAGAUCUUCAAGGAAUUCUUAGCGUUCAGAACUCGAUCAACAUCCAACAAAAUGAUGUUGCACAUGGAAGCUACAGAUUUUCUGGCAAUAAUUUAGUUGCUCAGAAUGCGGAUCCAAAGAGCAAUGAAGGAGAUAUAAAGGGGAUUGUUUCAGAGCCUGUAGCAGAACCUAAGAAAGGAACGACUGGCAAUAUUCCUGAUUCUCAGAAGACGAGGAGUUCACAAAUGGACUUCAAUAGUUCUUAUGCAGAAACCAAAAAAGGUUUGGUUGGAAACGUUCCCGAUUCUCAGAAGAUCAGGAGUUCACAGAUGCACGUCAAUCAUUCUUUUGCAUCCGUGGAAUCUGAAGUAAACUUGACAGCAUUUGAUUCCACCAUCCCAGCAACGUAUUCUUGGAAUCAAAUUCAAUUGGAAAAAGAGCACAAGCCACUUAUUCAGUUAAACAAUGGCUUCAGCAAGCCUCCGCUGCCUGGUCCACAGCACCAUUUCCAAGCUGAUCAACUACAAUCAAUUCCUUCCAUUAGCUCAAGACCUUCAAUCCCUGGGGGAGAUGUAACUGGCUCCAGUAAGAGUAAGCCUUUGUAUUCGGAGUACACAAACCAUCAUGGUAGCCGUGUAAGUCCAACAAUAAGUCCAACAAUAAGUCCAACAAUAAGUGCAACAGACUCUUUUCCUGGUCAAACCAAGAGCUGUGUGGUAGACCAUCAAGUUUCUGAGACCGUUUCCACUAGUACAUCAAACAUGAAAAAUCAGGGCAUCAACCUGAGUACUGAUUUGGAAUCUGCCCAUAGAAACCUAAUCUUGGGAAGUACAUCACCUUUUGCUUCUUUGGACGAUGAGUUUCAGAUUUGCUGGUAUCAAGGUGAUUGUUAUGGUAUGAAUCUUGAACUUCAAAAUGUAGAGUUCUCGGAGUAUACUGAUCCUACUCAUGUUACUGAAGUUCCUGCUCACCUGUAUGAUGCACUGAGAUUUGAAUAUCCAUGUGACCCAUCAGAAUAUUCUGUCCUAGAUCAAGGUCUGUUCAUUGCAUGA